AUGAAUAUUUCAACAUCAACAUUUCAAACUAGUAGACGUAGAUUAAAGAAAGUAGAGGAAGAAGAAAAUGCUGCAACUUUACAAUUAGGACAUGAAUUCCAAUUGAAACAAAUUAAUCAUCAAGGUGAGGAAGAAGAACUUAUUGCGUUGAACCUUAGUGAAGCCAGAUUAAUUGUAAAAGAAGCCCUUGUUGAACGUCGUAAGGCAUUCAGAAGCGCUCAACGUUCUAAAAAUGAUGGUGAUUCUAAUGAAGGGAAGAAUGAAGAUGAAGAUGAAGACGAUAAUGCUGAGUUUAUGAGAAAUGAGACUCGUGAGAAUGAAUUGCAGUCAAUUGGGACAUUAUUGGAACAAACUACCGGUGGUAAUAAUAAGGAUCUAAAGAACACUAUGGAAUACCUUACGAAUUUUUCUAGAUUUAGGGACCAAGAAACAGUGGGUGCUGUGAUUCAACUUUUGAGAAGCACAAAUUUACAUCCAUUUGAGAUUGCACAAUUAGGAUCCCUAGCAUGUGAUACCGCAGAUGAGGCUAAGACUUUGAUACCCAGUUUGACUAGUAAGAUUUCAGAUGAUGAGUUGGAAAGGACACUAAAGGAAUUAUCUAACCUGGAGACAUUGUAUUAG